AUGCGGGGACGGGACCUGUUACCGACAUCCGACGACGACGACGACGACGACUGGGGGAGCUGUCAAAAUAAUGAUGCCACUCACGAGUCAGACGAGGAUGCCACUCACGAGUCAGACCAGGAUGCCACUCACGAGUCAGACCAGGAUGCCACUCACGAGUCAGACCAGGAUGCCACUCACGAGUCAGACGAGGAAGCCACUCACGAGCCAGACGAGGAAGCCACUCACGAGCCACACCUGGAUGCCACUCACGAGCCAGACCAGGAUGCCACUCACGAGUCAGACCAGGAUGCCACUCACGAGUCAGACCAGGAUGCCACUCACGAGUCAGACGGGGAUGCCACUCACGAGUCAGACGGGGAUGCCACUCACGAGUCAGACCGGGAUGCCACUCACGAGUCAGACCGGGAUGCCACUCACGAGUCAGACCGGGAUGCCACUCACGAGUCAGACCGGGAUGCCACUCACGAGUCAGACCGGGAUGCCACUCACGAGUCAGACCGGGAUGCCACUCACGAGUCAGACCGGGAUGCCACUCACGAGUCAGACCGGGAUGCCACUCACGAGUCAGACCGGGAUGCCACUCACGAGUCAGACCGGGAUGCCACUCACGAGUCAGACCGGGAUGCCACUCACGAGUCAGACCGGGAUGCCACUCACGAGUCAGACCGGGAUGCCACUCACGAGUCAGACCGGGAUGCCACUCACGAGUCAGACCGGGAUGCCACUCACGAGUCAGACCGGGAUGCCACUCACGAGUCAGACCGGGAUGCCACUCACGAGUCAGACCGGGAUGCCACUCACGAGUCAGACCGGGAUGCCACUCACGAGUCAGACCGGGAUGCCACUCACGAGUCAGACCGGGAUGCCACUCACGAGUCAGACCGGGAUGCCACUCACGAGUCAGACCGGGAUGCCACUCACGAGUCAGACCGGGAUGCCACUCACGAGUCAGACCGGGAUGCCACUCACGAGUCAGACCGGGAUGCCACUCACGAGUCAGACCGGGAUGCCACUCACGAGUCAGACCGGGAUGCCACUCACGAGUCAGACCGGGAUGCCACUCACGAGUCAGACCAGGAUGCCACUCACGAGUCAGACCAGGAUGCCACUCACGAGUCAGACCAGGAUGCCACUCACGAGUCAGACCAGGAUGCCACUCACGAGUCAGACGAGGAUGCCACUCACGAGUCAGACCAGGAUGCCACUCACGAGUCAGACGAGGAAGCCACUCACGAGUCAGACGAGGAAGCCACUCACGAGCCAGACGAGGAAGCCACUCACGAGCCAGACCAGGAUGCCACUCACGAGCCAGACCAGGAUGCCACUCACGAGUCAGACCAGGAUGCCACUCACGAGUCAGACCAGGAUGCCACUCACGAGUCAGACCAGGAUGCCACUCACGAGUCAGACCAGGAUGCCACUCACGAGUCAGACCAGGAUGCCACUCACGAGUCAGACCAGGAUGCCACUCACGAGUCAGACGAGGAAGCCACUCACGAGUCAGACGAGGAAGCCACUCACGAGCCAGACCUGGAUGCCACUCACGAGCCAGACCAGGAUGCCACUCACGAGCCAGACCAGGAUGCCACUCACGAGUCAGACCAGGAUGCCACUCACGAGUCAGACCAGGAUGCCACUCACGAGUCAGACCAGGAUGCCACUCACGAGUCAGACCAGGAUGCCACUCACGAGUCAGACCAGGAUGCCACUCACGAGUCAGACCAGGAUGCCACUCACGAGUCAGACCAGGAUGCCACUCACGAGUCAGACCAGGAUGCCACUCACGAGUCAGACCAGGAUGCCACUCACGAGUCAGACCAGGAUGCCACUCACGAGUCAGACCAGGAUGCCACUCACGAGUCAGACCAGGAUGCCACUCACGAGUCAGACGAGGAAGCCACUCACGAGCCAGACGAGGAAGCCACUCACGAGCCAGACCUGGAUGCCACUCACGAGCCAGACCUGGAUGCCACUCACGAGCCAGACCAGGAUGCCACUCACGAGCCAGACCAGGAUGCCACUCACGAGUCAGACCAGGAUGCCACUCACGAGUCAGACCAGGAUGCCACUCACGAGUCAGACCAGGAUGCCACUCACGAGUCAGACGAGGAUGCCACUCACGAGUCAGACCGGGAUGCCACUCACGAGUCAGACCGGGAUGCCACUCACGAGUCAGACCGGGAUGCCACUCACGAGUCAGACCAGGAUGCCACUCACGAGUCAGACCAGGAUGCCACUCACGAGUCAGACCAGGAUGCCACUCACGAGUCAGACCAGGAUGCCACUCACGAGUCAGACCAGGAUGCCACUCACGAGUCAGACCAGGAUGCCACUCACGAGUCAGACCAGGAUGCCACUCACGAGUCAGACCAGGAUGCCACUCACGAGUCAGACCAGGAUGCCACUCACGAGUCAGACCAGGAUGCCACUCACGAGUCAGACCAGGAUGCCACUCACGAGUCAGACCAGGAUGCCACUCACGAGUCAGACCAGGAUGCCACUCACGAGUCAGACCAGGAUGCCACUCACGAGUCAGACCAGGAUGCCACUCACGAGUCAGACCAGGAUGCCACUCACGAGUCAGACCAGGAUGCCACUCACGAGUCAGACGAGGAAGCCACUCACGAGUCAGACGAGGAAGCCACUCACGAGCCAGACCUGGAUGCCACUCACGAGUCAGACCAGGAUGCCACUCACGAGUCAGACCAGGAUGCCACUCACGAGUCAGACCAGGAUGCCACUCACGAGUCAGACCAGGAUGCCACUCACGAGUCAGACCAGGAUGCCACUCACGAGUCAGACCAGGAUGCCACUCACGAGUCAGACCAGGAUGCCACUCACGAGUCAGACCAGGAUGCCACUCACGAGUCAGACCAGGAUGCCACUCACGAGUCAGACCAGGAUGCCACUCACGAGUCAGACCAGGAUGCCACUCACGAGUCAGACGAGGAUGCCACUCACGAGUCAGACGAGGAUGCCACUCACGAGUCAGACCAGGAUGCCACUCACGAGUCAGACCAGGAUGCCACUCACGAGUCAGACCAGGAUGCCACUCACGAGUCAGACCAGGAUGCCACUCACGAGUCAGACCAGGAUGCCACUCACGAGUCAGACCAGGAUGCCACUCACGAGUCAGACCAGGAUGCCACUCACGAGUCAGACCAGGAUGCCACUCACGAGUCAGACGAGGAUGCCACUCACGAGUCAGACGAGGAUGCCACUCACGAGUCAGACCAGGAUGCCACUCACGAGUCAGACCAGGAUGCCACUCACGAGUCAGACCAGGAUGCCACUCACGAGUCAGACCAGGAUGCCACUCACGAGUCAGACCAGGAUGCCACUCACGAGUCAGACCAGGAUGCCACUCACGAGUCAGACCAGGAUGCCACUCACGAGUCAGACCAGGAUGCCACUCACGAGUCAGACCAGGAUGCCACUCACGAGUCAGACGAGGAUGCCACUCACGAGUCAGACGAGGAUGCCACUCACGAGUCAGACCAGGAUGCCACUCACGAGUCAGACCAGGAUGCCACUCACGAGUCAGACCAGGAUGCCACUCACGAGUCAGACCGGGAUGCCACUCACGAGUCAGACCAGGAUGCCACUCACGAGUCAGACCAGGAUGCCACUCACGAGUCAGACCAGGAUGCCACUCACGAGUCAGACCAGGAUGCCACUCACGAGUCAGACGAGGAAGCCACUCACGAGUCAGACGAGGAAGCCACUCACGAGCCAGACCUGGAUGCCACUCACGAGCCCGACCUGGAUAGUCAACCACAUUGCUUGUUCGUAAUUUCCUCCAGCCCUGGCUACUGCAUUUGA